GGAGCCUGCAGGCGCCGCUGAGGCGGAGGAGCGCUCGCUGCAGCACAUGCUGCGCGCCAUAGCCGAGGAGCGCGGCCGCGCCUGCCUGCGCCGCGAGGUCUGCGGCCUCGGGUGCUUCAAGGAUGACCGCAUUGUCUUCUGGACGUGGAUGUUCUCCACCUACUUCAUGGAGAAAUGGGCUCCCCGGCAGGAUGACAUGCUUUUCUACGUGCGCCGGAAGCUGGCGUUUGCUGGCAGCGAGAGUGGCGCUGACGGGAGGAAGGUGGCUGAGGCUGAGCCCGAGGUGGAGGUGGAGGUGUACCGGCGGGACUCCAAGAAGCUGCCGGGCCUGGGAGACCCUGACAUUGACUGGGAGGAGAGCGUCUGCCUGAAUCUCAUUCUGCAGAAGUUGGACUACAUGGUGACCUGCGCGGUGUGCACACGCACGGAUGGUGGGGACAUUCACAUCCAUAAGAAGAAAUCCCAGCAAGUGUUUGCGUCCCCCAGUAAACACCCCAUGGACAGCAAAGGGGAGGAGUCCAAGAUCAGCUACCCCAACAUCUUCUUCAUGAUCGACAGCUUCGAGGAGGUGUUCAGCGACAUGACUGUGGGGGAAGGAGAGAUGGUCUGUGUGGAGCUAGUGGCCAGUGACAAAACCAACAUGUUCCAAGGGGUCAUCUUCCAGGGCUCCAUCCGCUAUGAGGCGCUCAAGAAGGUGUACGACAACCGAGUGAGCGUGGCCGCCCGCAUGGCACAGAAGAUGUCGUUUGGCUUCUACAAGUACAACAAUAUGGAGUUUGUGCGCAUGAAGGGGCCACAGGGCAAAGGCCAUGCUGAGAUGGCGGUCAGUCGGGUGUCCACAGGUGACACGUCCCCCUGUGGGACCGAGGACUCCAGCCCAGCGUCGCCCAUGCACGAGCGGGUGACCUCCUUCAGCACCCCUCCGACCCCGGAGCGGAACAACCGGCCCGCCUUCUUCUCCCCGUCCCUCAAGAGGAAGGUGCCCCGGAACCGGAUCGCUGAGAUGAAGAAGUCGCAUUCGGCCAACGACAGUGAGGAAUUCUUCCGGGAGGACGACGGUGGAGCCGAUCUGCACAAUGCAACCAACCUGCGGUCUCGGUCCCUGUCCGGCACGGGAAGGUCGCUGGUCGGGUCCUGGCUGAAGCUGAACAGAGCAGACGGAAACUUCCUUCUCUAUGCACACUUAACCUACGUCACUUUGCCACUGCAUCGGAUUCUAACAGACAUCCUGGAAGUGCGGCAGAAGCCCAUCCUGAUGACCUAGCCGUGCGCGGACCCCCCGCGUGGAGCCCCGGCCCUGCCCGGCCCUGGGAGUGCUGCCAAGUGCCUACCCGUCCACCGCCACCGGGGUCUUCUGUGACAAGCCAGCGCCGGAGCCGCAGCCAGGCAGGGCCACUCAACUCCCGGGGCCAGGGCCGACUCCACGACCACCAGCCCAAACUGAAGUGCCUCUUUCUCCCCCCUGCUGGCUCUGCUCUGCCCUGCACCCACCCGCCCAGCACCCAGCCCGGCUCUGCGGAGCCCUCUGCACCCAGAGGGGACCAGAGGUGUCAAGAGGCCAUGAGAGAGAGGCCAUGAGGGAGCAGCGAGUGUCCGGAGGGGCAGACCUGGCGUGGUGUCCCAUCUGACAGGUGGCAGGCGGAAACCACCUGGCUGGGGACACGCAGUGUGUCAAACUGUCAACUCUUUCUUAGGGAAAACCAAUUUAAGAUUUUGUAAGCUGUCCCCGCGAACUUCAGCACCCGAGUCAGUCCCAACUCGUCCUCCCUAGUUUACCACUUUGUCCUGUCUUCUAGGUGGCCGUGGGGAGAUGGGGAACACAGAUGUUUGAUGGCUUUGCCCUGGGCUGGGACUGCCUCACCCGUGCCCAGUCCCAGAAAGGCCCUGAGCUGACAGACAGGCCCCGAUCCUGCCAGAAUGGCCUUUUGCUUCCAGCCAAAGAACACCGCCAACACACACACCUCCCACCUGGAGACGCCACUCUGGGCCUCACAUGGAGUGACCGCAGCAUUUGGAUUCUGAGGGCAGGAGAACAGGAUUUCUGCCACAGGGCGUCUGCUGUGGGUGGGGUUGGCAUCCUCCCAGGAAGGUUCUAGGUAGAACCCCCACCUUCUGGGGGCUAGGGGAGCGGAGGGGUGUCAUUUCAUCUUCCCUGGCCUCCUACAGCUUACUUUCUUUGCGUGUGCUGGGACCGUUUCUAGGACCAGCUCACUGAAGCAAAGAGGGAUGGCCACCACGGCUCACGCAGCCAUUGUCACCGGUUUGUGUGAGCAGCCGCCCAGCCCCCGGCCUGUCUGCGGCCUUGUCCCAGCAUGAAGGAGUUUCCGUCUGCAGCGACAGACACUUUGCUCUCCUCAAGAGCAGAAGCACCCCAUGCCCAACUGGGAAUAAACUGGAAGCUGGGUCUCUUUGUUGCUACGGGUUUUUUGUUUGAAGUCCCCAGGAAUUUUUGAGGGGUUCCAGGGAUGUGUUUAGAGAUCUUCUUUGUGGGGGAAAAGGAAGAGGAGGGGCUAAUUCUCCUGUUUGUGUUUCUUCUGCGGGCUCCGGAAACAGGGGACUACUUCGGGGCUUUCUCCAGAUUUUGUAUAUUGUUAUUAAAAGCGAGCUAUUGCAUUUC